UCCCACCUCGCAAGUUACAACGGAAUCGCACUGAACUGAACCACACCGCACCACCUUUGCUUCUGCUUCACACCACAGACGAACCGCCACAGACACAGACCACACAACACAGUUUCUCUCUUUCUGUGUCAUAUCUGACGAAACGGUUUUCAUCAGAGAGAGGGGGCACCGGGAAAAGUGCCGCCACCUGCGAUGCCGAAUCCCGAGGCUAACCGCAGCCAAAACUCCCGCUCCCGGGCCCGUCCGUCUACGUCAGCGGCGCCGCGGCAGCCGGUCAGGGCCCGGGCCUCGCUGCGCCAGCUGCUGCGCGUGGCGUCAGUGGCGAGCGGUAUUCAGUUCGGUUGGGCCUUGCAGCUCUCCCUCCUCACUCCCUACGUCCAGCAGCUUGGCAUCCCUCACCAAUGGGCCAGCAUCAUCUGGCUCUGCGGCCCGGUCUCCGGCCUCUUCGUCCAGCCUCUCGUCGGCCACAUGAGCGACCGCUGCACCAGCCGCUUCGGCCGCCGCCGCCCCUUCAUCUUCGUCGGCGCUGUCGCCAUCGUGAUCGCCGUCGUCAUCAUCGCCUACGCCGCUGACAUCGGCUGGAUCCUUGGCGACACCGCCACCUACCGACCGGCUGCCAUAACUGUCUUCAUAAUCGGCUUUUGGAUCCUCGACGUCGCCAACAACGUCACGCAAGGUCCCUGUCGAGCCUUGCUCAGUGAUCUCACCAGCAAGGAUUCUCGAAGGACACGUGUUGCAAAUGCUUACUACUCACUGUUUAUGGCCAUUGGUAAUAUUCUUGGCUAUGCAACUGGAUCAUACAGUGGUUGGUACAAGAUUUUCCCUUUUACACUUUCCCCUGCUUGCACAAUUAGUUGUGCAAAUCUCAAGUCUGCUUUCUUUCUUGACAUUGCUUUCAUUGCGGUCACAACAUAUAUCAGCAUCAUGGCAGCUCAUGAAGUGCCUCUAAAUUCUAAUGUGGUGGCCCACGCUGAAGCAGUGGCCGAGGAGUCAGGUAGUGCCGAAGAAGCUUUCAUGUGGGAAUUAUUUGGGACAUUCAAAUAUUUUUCGACCCCUGUGUGGAUAAUUUUGUCUGUUACUGCUCUCACAUGGACUGGGUGGUUUCCAUUUACUCUAUUUGAUACGGAUUGGAUGGGUCGAGAGAUUUAUGGUGGUGAUCCAAAUCAAGGCCUUAUUUAUGAUACUGGAGUUAGAAUGGGAGCACUUGGUUUGUUGCUUAAUUCAGUUGUUCUUGCAUUGACAUCAUUGCUCAUGGAAAGGUUAUGCAGGAAGAGGGGGGCUGGUUUUGUGUGGGGAAUCUCAAAUAUCGUGAUGACAUUUUGCUUUCUUGCAAUGCUUGUAUUAACCUAUGUGGCAAGUAGCAUGGGCUAUGCAGGCAAAGAUCUACCUCCACCUGGCAUUGUGAUAGCCGCAUUGAUUAUCUUUACCAUUCUUGGAUUUCCCCUGGCAAUCACUUACAGUGUUCCGUAUGCCUUAAUUUCCACACAUAUCGAGUCUUUGGGACUUGGGCAAGGGUUAUCAAUGGGUGUCCUAAAUCUGGCAAUAGUGGUCCCACAGAUAAUAGUGUCCCUGGGAAGUGGACCAUGGGAUCAGCUAUUUGGUGGAGGAAACUCCCCAGCCUUUGCUGUGGGAGCUGUUUCAACCAUUAUCAGUGGACUCAUGGCUAUAUUGGCUAUUCCUCGAUCUGGUGCUCAAAAGGCUCGAAGUCAUGCGUGAGGUAUCAUGUUCAUGUUAAAGCAUUUAUUUCUUUCGAAGGAGGAUGGUGAAAAUGAACAGGUAGCAAGAAUUUGUAUAUAGUUAUUUUUUAUUGUAUCUUUUUUCCUGAGCAAAGAUUUUACUCCCAAUUGUCUUCUAAUAAAAUAAAUGUACUUUUGUUGUAUUGUACUUUAAUAUUAUUGGUCAUUAUUUGAAGCCAAAUGACCUGUUUUCUGAGUGUUAUUAUUUUCUGAAGCAAAGAAAGCUUUGGGAACAAAUUUUGUGUGUGAUCCUGAUGAGCCAGUUGUCUGUUUAAAACAGUGAGGUUGGUUGGCUAUGUAAAUCAUGAGACAUGACAAGCUGUAGAAAAGGGUGAAUACUCUUGAUGUCAAAGGAACGAUGUAAAACACAAAAUUUAUAUAUCAUUACCUUUCCCAUCAUCUUGGAAUCUCAUGUAAAUAUGAUAUCAUAUAAGCUGUCACCAAAUUCUGGUUGACACAUUGUGCAAUCAGUGGAGACCUUCCUCAUUGUAAAUUAGUUAUUCCCGUGCUAGAUGUUCCUUUCGUGGCUAAUUGCAAAGUAGUUACGGCAUCUUCCAUGGGUUCUAAAGUUCAUCUCGGGCAACAUUCUUUCCCACCAACACGAGUUGCUGCUGAUUUGGAAUUAUUCGAGAUGAAAAAUUCUUUUAUUUUUAGGCAAUUCUGGUUGUGUAUUAGUGCUUCUAUAUUGAAGUGUUGGAAUCUUCUACAUUUGUGUGACUUGUUUGUAUUAGUGGGAUGAACGUGUUUAGUGGCCAA